ACCUUUCAGUGAUGUCUUGCUUUCGCAUUUUCAGGAGAUUCUCCGCGCUUCGGGGUUUUAAUCGUCAUUUGUCGCGUUUCUCUUCAGUUUUCCGGUGCUGAUAUGUAUAGGAUUGUUUGAAGAGUCCCUUUCAUUCAUCUGAAGAGCGGCAGACCGGUUUCACCAAACUUAUUUGAAAUAAAACGCAAGACACGCUCUCAAAAUGAUGACCACCAGAGAACGAUGGCGUGUUUACAAGCGCAUCAGCUUGAUGUUCUUCCUAGCUGUGGUCACGCUCACCGUGGUCCACAGAGGAAACAUCACCUCCAUGCAAGACUUCCAGGGCGACAGAAUCGAGAGACAGGCGCCGAUGGAGCUCAUGGCGGAAGACUACAAAAAAGACCUGAUUAGUGGCAGCUUCUGGAAGACCGUUCAAAGAGUGGUGUCCACCACAGAAGGUGCAAAAACAACCCAAAAGCAAGGCCCCACGAGCUGGGACGUCACCAGCUCCAACUGCAGCGUCAACCUCAACUUCUCUUCCUCGGAGUGGUUCACGGGUCUGGAAGCCAACUUCAAGCAAUUCCUGCUCUACAGGCACUGCCGGUACUUCCCCAUCCUCAUGAAUCACCCGGAGAAGUGCGCCGGAGAUAUAGACCUGCUGAUGGUCAUCAAGUCGGUGAUAACGCAGUACGAUCGAAGGGAGGUCAUACGGCAAACUUGGGGGAAGGAGCAAGUGAUCGACGGGAAAAGAAUCAAGACGCUUUUCCUUCUCGGAACGUCUUCCAACGAGGAAGAACGGGCGAACCAUCAGAAGCUCCUGGAGUAUGAGGACUACAUCUACGGAGAUAUCCUGCAAUGGGACUUCAUGGAUAGCUUCUUCAACCUGACCCUCAAGGAGAUCCACUUCCUCAAAUGGUUCUCCACGUACUGCGGAAACACCCGGUACAUCUUCAAAGGCGACGAUGACGUGUUCGUCAGCGUUCCCAACAUCUUGGAGUAUCUGGAGGUCAGCAAAGACUUGAAGGACCUCUUUGUCGGUGACGUGCUCUUCAAAGCCAAGCCCAUUCGCAAAAAGCAGAACAAGUAUUACAUCCCACAAGCCUUGUAUAACAAGACCCUCUACCCGCCGUACGCCGGCGGAGGCGGUUUCCUCAUGGACGGACCUUUGGCUCGGAAACUCUACGGAGCUUGCGAAACUCUGGAGCUUUAUCCCAUCGACGACGUGUUUCUUGGAAUGUGUCUGGAGGUGCUUCAGGUGACGCCAAUAAAGCACAACGCUUUCAAGACGUUUGGGCUAGUGAAGAACAAAACCAGUCGACUGAACAGGGAGCCGUGUUUCUUUAAGAGCAUGAUAGUGGUACAUAAAUUGCUCCCGCCGGAUUUGCUAGAAAUGUGGAGACUGGUCAACAGUGACUUGAUCUGUGCGCAGAAAAUGGACUUCUUAUAGUCCGAGACUUUUAAAAUUUGAAAUUCAUUCGUAAACGAAGGAAACAGAAUGAAGGAUGAACUUUGAGGUUACUCGAAGACAAUAAGUUCUCCUUUUUUGAGGAGAUUCCUGGACAAUAUUUGAACUUAAUUUAUGUACCAAAUGACAUGGUAUGCAAUGUGAAAAAUGUGCAAAAGGUUAUUUUCAGAGUUCUUGGGAACAUUAAUAUACAUAAGUAAAAAUAUCACCCCAAAAAUGUCUUUUGGACCAUGCAUUGAAAGUCAAAGUGGACUUGUUUUGGACGCGACUGACUUCAACUGUAUAGACCAAAUGUUUGCAAAGACAAGGUGUUUAAACUAUCACUGUGUCACAAGACAAAAUCCGAUUGUCCCAUACAGAAGGAAAUAAGCCUCUACCUCACCAUUUUUGUUUAAGUCUGCCCCUCUGUGGACAAAAGUUACCUUAACAGGUUUUCACAGUGCAUUCAUUAAACAAAACCAUGUUAUUUCUGCUGCAAUGAUGUACAUUUCUGAAAUUACCGUAAAUAUAUUUGAAUUACAGUAGCUCUUUAAGAGGUUCAAUCUCCUAGAGCGUGUAAUUUUUUA